CCCCUUUUAAAAACCCUCCACGAUACAUCAGGGUACAGAAGUAUCUCUAUCAUUAUACGAAAUAUGAUCAUGCCUUAUCUCUUUUCAAUCAGUCUGGCCCAUGGUGGACUAGGAGUUUCCAAAAAGACUAUCUCUUUUCUCUUUCACUGGAUCACACUGGACUGCAGGAGUAUCUCCAAAAGAAUAACAUGCUGAAUAUUCCAAAGUCAUCAUGUGAUGUUCAGUACAUUUGUUCGUUCAUCGACCAAAUAAGGUCGUACUCGAGACUCCUCCCACCAACUGAAAUAUGUCUAGCAAUGCUUACCAUGGCAACGAUUCUACAGCUCACGCUGGCGAUGAUGUCCAAUUUGGGUCAGGCCAGAGCUGCCGAUUAUAAAGUAAAGCCUUUGGCUCCUCAGCCAAGACAGGGUCAGGAGAAUGGAGGAAAAGGAGCUCUUGCUAAAAAGGACAAAUCUCUGAGUGGUAAUAAAGAGAAAGGCUCAGGCAAGAAGAAUAAAAAGAAUAAUAAUGGAGGGAACUGAUCAAGUUUUAGUAUAAAAGCUUUAAUAAUGUAGAUCUGUUGUUAGAAUUAGCUUUAUGAGAGUAAUAAAACUAAUAGAUAACAGGUCAUCUUUGCUCAAAGCACUAGAUGUAUACAUUGCAUGUAUAUCUUAUUAUUAAAACUCCACUGACAGUAAAGAGAAUGAAGAAGCUGUCUUGUUGGGCGCGGUUUUAUGGGUGGAGCUAGCUGGAAUGAGAAUGGAAGUUUGAGAAUGAGUCUACUCUAGUGCGUAUUGUAUUGAUACAGGAAUCCACACAAAUGGCUCCAUCAGUAUAAGAAGAGAAAGAGCAGAGACUCACGGCUGCUACUUUUCUCUCCCUCCUCCUCAUCCCGUUCCCUCUCUUUCUAUGGGUUGCAGUUGUACUUCUUUGGAGUGGAGAGAAGUGUGAAGCGCGUUGAGAUCCUUCUACUUAGUGUUCCCAGCCCAGGAACUGAACCCGUCCAUUGUCUCCUCGUUCCUUCCCCACUCUCCCUCUCUUUUAGAAGUGGCAACCAGUCUUAUUACUCGUGUACCGAUUGUUUUUUUGUGACGCGCUCGCUUUCUUGAACAGUUACCAUGGAAGGAUUUGAUGCCAAGUUUGACCCACCAUUAGACAAACGUUUAGAGUGUCCAAUAUGUCUUCUGGCACAGAGGGAGCCAAUGCAAACGCCAUGUGGCCAUCGCUUCUGCUCAGCCUGCAUACUCAGAGCUCUGAGGGAGACUGGUCCAAGAUGUCCAGUUGAUAAUACAAGAGUUGCAGUUCAUCAGCUCUUUAAAGACAACUUUGCAAAGAGAGAAGUCCUCUCUCUUCAUGUCCAUUGCCAUGGAAAUGAAUGCACUUGGCAUGGAGAGUUACGCAAACUAGAACAACAUGAAAAGGGCUGUGGCUUAAUGCUAAUUAGCUGCCCGAAUGAGUGUGGUCACAAAUGUCUGAGGAGAGAUAUUUACGAGCAUUUGCCGAGUUGUUCCAAUCAGCCUACUCUCUGCUCUCUCUGCUCCAUCAGUUUCAAUAAGAAUAAGAUUGGGAGUCACGCACAGCAGUGCUCAAAGAUUAAGCUACCGGAAUCAACCCUCGGGGAUAUAUCUAAGGCUAAUGAGAUAUUGAAAUGGUCGGGUCACCUCAAAAUGAAAUUACAUGGACAGAAUUACUCCAUUAUUGGUUACUUGACUGCUAAAAUGGACAGCGAAGAAAGAUUUAUUCAUUCCGGCUCCUGGUCCAGUAACAUUAAUCUCAUUCCACUGACUGGCUCUGCUUCUAGAAUAUUCUGGAAGACUUUGCAAGGUCCAGAGGUCAAACCGCUUGACCUUUUCUUCAACGUGUUAGUCGUUGACUCUCGCUCUGCUGCUUUCCAGAAACUAACAAAGAAAAAGAUUAAUGCAGUGACUGGUCUAAAGCCUAAGAUUACAUCUGGUAGGAGAGAGCUCACUAUUUUGUACAUUUACUGGAGCGACACUGAGAAAAGAAUGAAGGCUUGUGUGGCUGAGCUUCAGAACUAUUUAGUCAAAGAAAUGCAGAAUAAACUUCAGCAGCUGAAGAGAACCUCACAACUGAAUGAAAUCACACUGGAGACCUCAAGGUCAGGGUCCCACAGGGGUGGUUCCUCCAGUCGCUCAACUGCUCCUGGCUCUACUAACCACUCCUCUCAACCCGGCACUGAUCGCAGAGGAGGCGGAGCAUCGUUACCUAGACGACCACCAUAUAACAAUUUACGUUUUGUGAACGUCCCUCCGUCCGGUCCUCCUGUAUCAGUGGAGCCGUCCUCUCACCUUCCUUCUUCAAGUCGUGUUCUCUCUAGUCUACUCUCAUGGCAGCUCUCUCCGAGCUUCCCUCCCUAUCCAUGGAGAGCUGCUCCCAGCGUACCUUUCUUCACCAUACCCUCCACACCUCCUCAGUUCCUUCCUGCUAACUCGUAUCCAUACAUGUUUGCUCCAAUGCCAGCGAUUGCCGCUCCUUCCUUUUCGAUUAACCCUGGGCGUGUCCCUGUGCCUGCUUCAAUAGCCAUUCCCUCUUACGCUGGAGUGGCUGUGCCCCGUGUCACUGGACUACAUGCUGAACUAGUCGUCACUACGGCUUCUGAUGCUCCUCUUCAGCAAGGAGGUGCUACUAUGAUGGAGGGUGGGAGGGUUAAUAAUGUACAGGCUCCACCCAAUGCUCCACCUACUGGACUAGCAGCUGCUGUCAUUCAUUCCUUUCCUCCUCAGACGGUUCCGCCUGAUCACCCAUUGGGUGUACCUCCUAAUCAAGUGUCAGUGGUAGUUGAUCCAAGGGGAGGGAUAGUGGGGGCAGGAGGGGAGGUACCCACGGCUCAAACCACCACUGAACCACAGUCCUGGUCACACCAGUGGCAGGCUCCGCCUUCUAUGGCUAGGGCUAACUGGUUUGGUGAGACGUCAUCUCAAAACUCCUCCUCCUCUUCUAAUCCCUCUAGCUCUAGUGGUGCUGGUCAAUCAGAUACUAGCAGACCCUCACAAUCAGCAAGACACCAUCGGCAAACCUCCUCUCCCUCUUCUCUUAGCUCACCUUUCUCUCUUCCUUUCUUUUCUCCCAUGCCCCCCGGGGGGCUUGAAUCAUCAGACGACGACCUCUCUGAUGUCAACUCGCCUUUACAUUGGCCGAACGGUCAGCCCCCCAGCACCAGAACCCCUAGAACGGGGUCCAGUAAUGAGCAGUCCCCCUCAUCCUCUAACAGUAGUAACGGUGACACUUCAGCUCUCCAGACAUUAGCUGAUGCAGCUGCACUGUUGAGCUCACCCACUCCAUCUGUGUCAGACACCGAGGAAGUCAUAUCUUAUUACGACAGUGACUCCAGCUCACAGAACUCAUCAUUUGCUGAAGACGCUGAUCCUAAUCACGGAAUCUAUUUACAGAUUCCUCCCCGUCUCUCUCAUCCAGCCCCACCUGCUAAUCAUAUUCAAACAAACGGUAACGUCCUAGCCGUACCGACCGGUGGACAUGGCUAUGCUCCACCUCAAGCAUACAGGCACCAAUCCUCCACCCUAGAGGAAGUGUCCCUGUUUGUUCCAGUAAUACAUCCUCCAGUUGAGGAACAAACUGGCCCCGCCCAAGUGUUAUACCCUGCUCAAGAGCGAGGGGUUAUACUGCCACCUCAGCAACCAAUAGCCGAGGUCCUUCACAUGACUGCCCAGGGGUCUCAUAAUAUUGUUCCUGUACAGGAACCCUGGCCUGCCGCGGCCGCAGCUGCUGCUAUCGUUGAGUCCCAGCCUGGAGCUGCGUACAUUCCUCGACCAAUGAUCCCAGCUAAUGGACCACACCCUCACAAUGGAGGAGGAUUCUGGGAAGAAGUUAUGCCUUCUCUACUUCAUGAAGGCCAUGCCCCUCAGUAAUUAUUAUCUUGACCACUCCCACCUUCUAUUGAUCUGACGUAAUUAUCAUCAUUUCCAUUAUUAUUACUAUUAUUUAUAUUAUUCCCUUUCUUUUACGUUAAUUUUCAUUUAUUUCUCUUUGAUUGUCUAAACAACUACCCAUCACAUGACUAUUAUUAAUAUUAUUAUUAUUAAUAUUUAUCGUCACCGUCGUUUGUGUUUGUUUCCUAUAUUAAUCGGAUUUUAAUUUAUUAUUUAAUUUAAAUUUAUACAAUUCAAUACUAUUAUGCGUUGCAUGCCAGCUCAUUUUGUUUUGAUUUUUAUUUUUGCUUUACUUGUACAAAUUUAUGAAUGACUAAUCUUUACAUUAUUAUUGUCAUAUCACUUGGUUCAUUCUAUUGUACAUGGUCUAUUGAACUCUAUUCUCCUUUCUCCAUCUCUCUCUCUUCUCUUUUGAGUAAUUUAUUUCAUUGUUAUUGAAUAAAA